GACAAAAAUAACUUAAAGAUCAUUCAAGUGAUAUAAUAGAACGCAACUGAGGCACAACCGCAUUGGUUCCUUCUUCCCGCGAUGGGCAACACACUCUCCCUCGUUCGCCUAGCGCUAACCGAAUUCCUCGACAAUCUUCACACCUUCCAAACCCUGCAAGCGCGCAUCCAGCGCUCUCCAGGGCUCCCACUCCCAAACCCCAGCCGCUCAUUCUGGUCCUACCCACCCUCCCCCAUCGCCACUCACGUUUCACAACUCCCGACGCAUGCUGACUUUAUCGUUGUUGGCUCAGGUAUUACUGGGACGUCGGUUGUGAGGAGGCUUUUGUAUAGUGCAAGUGCUGAGGGGCAUAAUGUUAGAGUCGUCAUGUUGGAAGCAAGAGAUGUGUGUUCUGGGGCGACUGGGAGAAACGGUGGACAUAUAUCACCGCCUCUAUAUCAUGACUACACUUCGCUUAAGCGUGAUCACGGACAAGCUGUAGCUCAAAAGAUCAUUAAAUUGAGGUUGGCACAUCUCGAGGAGCUACGGAGCGUCGCGGAACAAGAAGGUAUCCUUACAGAAUCCCAGUGGCGGGAAGUAGAAUCAGUAGAUGUGUUUUAUAACUCGGAUAUGUUCGAGAAGGCGAAAAGAAAGGUCCAAACAUAUAAAGCAGACCUUGCCUUCGAUGCUGAGCAUCAUGAGGUGUGCGAAGCAAAAGAAGCUAUCGAGAAAUACCGCCUGGCACCUGAUACGCUCGGUUGCAUAUCAUCCAGCGCAGGCGCGAUCCAUCCAUACCAAUUUGUGACUGGAAUUCUCGCAAAACUUCUAUCACGAUAUCCUGACCGCUUCUCACUCUGCGCCAACACACCAUGUACCUCUAUCUCACCUCCAACAUCCUCCAACCCCUACUAUACCCUCUCCACCCCCCGCGGAACCAUCACAACCCCGCAUAUCAUCCACGCAACGAACGGCUGGGCAUCAACCCUGCUCGAAAAGCUCCGGGGUAAAAUCAUCCCCUUCCGAGGUAACAUGUCAGCCCAACGCCCUGGGCAAUCCCUCCCCAUUCCCGGUUCUAACCAUACCUCCCACCACUCUUUCGUCUUCUAUACCAGACCAAUAGGCUACGACUACCUCACCCAACUCCCCACAGGCGAACACGAGCUCAUGCUAGGGGGCGGAUUCGCACAAGACGGCGACGAGGGAUACGAGGCGAUGGCAAAUACGGACGAUACGACGUAUAGCACACGUACCACGGCACAUCUAUCUGGUGUGCUUCCUAGGUAUUUUGGAGAGGAUAAUUGGGGAAGGGAGGGGGUGCCUUUGGAGAGGGGUGAGGGAAUGUGGGCGGAGGGACGCGUCAAGGCGUUGUGGAGUGGUAUUUUGGGCAUUUCGGUGGAUUUGAUACCUUGGGUUGGCCGUUUGCCGCGUGUUGUGUCUGGAAGGAGUGAGCCACCGUUGAGUUCGGUUGUGAAAAGCGAGAAGGAGGAGGGGGUGCAUGUAAGUGCUGCGCCGGGGGAAUGGAUUGCAGCUGGGUAUUCGGGGGAGGGGAUGGUACAUGCAUGGUUAAGUGGGAAGGCCCUGGCAGAUAUGGUGUUAGGACGAGAAGCGGAGGGCAGGCUUGGGGAAUGGUUCCCAGAUGUUAUGAGAGUUACUGAGAAGAGGUGGAAGAAGGCAAAGGCGGAGAAUUUACUGGAUGCAUUGGAUGAUUAGCGUAUGCGUGUGAUAUUUUGCGGUCCUCCGUGUAAAUAAUCAUAGCAAUAUUGACAAACUUGACUCGAGGAGAUAAUUUGAACGGGGGUAAGUACUUGGUAAGUACUCUUUCCCC